AUGCAAAGACUUCAACAAAUUGGUAACCAUAUUACAGGCCACCUCAGCGGUGCAGAGAAAGCGAGAGAGAAAAAUCCAGAGGACGUUGUCAUUGUGGCAGCUUAUAGAACCGCGCUUACAAGAGCUGGUAAGGGUAAAUUGAAAGACAUCAACUCAGACGAGGUUUUAAUGAAACUUAUUAAGGAGGUGUUUAAGAAGACUAAAGUUGAUCCAAAGGCAAUCGAAGAUGUCAUUGUUGGCAAUGUGUUGAAUCCAGGUGCGGGUGUAAAUGAACAUAGAGCAGCUGUAAUUGCCGCAGGAGUCCCAUAUGAGGCACCCUUCAUGGCAGUUAACAGGCAAUGCUCAUCGGGACUCAUGGCUGUCAAUGAUAUUGCUAAUAAGAUAUUGACCGGGCAAAUUGACUGUGGAUUAGCUUGCGGAGUGGAGAGCAUGUCCAAAAAUUACGGUCCUAGCGCUGCUCCCAAUAUUUCGGACGUCGUUUUGAAGGCAUCUGAGGACGCCAAAAGCUGUCUACUUCCAAUGGGUAUGACUAGUGAAAAUGUCAAUGCGAAAUACUCUUUGGGACGUGAAGAACAGGAUAGAUUUGCUGCGUCUUCAUACCAGAAAGCUGAAGCGGCAGUGAAGCAGGGACUUUUCAAAGAUGAAAUCCUACCCAUAAUGGUACAGAUAGAAGUGGAUAAUGAUGACGAUGAUGAUGAGGAAGGUAGUAAACUUGCGACUACCAAAACAAUUGUUGUGGACCAGGAUGAGGGUCCCAGACCAAAUGUUACUGCUAAAUCACUAUCCAGGCUUCGUCCUGCUUUCAAGAAAGAUGGUACUUCUCAUGCGGGGAACUCAUCACAAGUUAGCGAUGGUGCCGCCGCAAUUAUAUUAAUGAGAAGAAGUCUUGCCGAGUCUAAGGGAUUACCCGUUUUAGGAAAGUACGUGGCUACCACUAUUGUUGGAGUCCCUCCUUCUAUUAUGGGAGUUGGCCCCGGUUAUGCAAUUCCUAAAGUACUAGAAAUGACCAAUAUUGAUAAAUCAGAAGUGAAAGUGUUUGAAAUCAAUGAAGCAUUUGCUGGGCAGGCUUUGUUCUCAAUGAAGAAAGUUGGUAUUCCAGAGGAGAAGGUGAAUCCUAGAGGUGGUGCCAUCGCAUUGGGUCAUCCACUAGGAUGUACCGGUGCCAGACAGAUCUGUACAUUACUGAGAGAGCUUUCACCAGGAGAAAUCGGUAUCACCAGUAUGUGUAUUGGUGGAGGACAAGGAGCAGCAGCGGUUUUUGUUAGAGAAUGA